AUCUGUCAUGGCGAAGUGUUGCACGAUUAAAUGUACAAUAUAACAAAAAUAAUGGUUUAUACACGAAAUAAAUCAACUAAAUGUGAUAAAAACUGUUGUGUACCAUCACAGAUAUUAUGAUCAAUGUGUAAUUAUUAUUAUAAAUAGUCAGUGAGUUUAAAAUGGACAAGAAAAAUGCAAUUCGGAGAGGGAAACGACCCUCCAAAGUGCUUGAAGAAAAUUAUUGGGAUUGCAGCGUUUGUACAUAUAGAAAUAACGCAGAAGCCUUUAAAUGUUCAAUGUGUGAUGUUAGAAAAGGUACCUCAACACGGAAGCCCCGUAUCAACCCGGCGCUGGUCGCCGCGCAAGCUGCGGGCACAGCGCCGACCAGCUCGCAGAAACGGCCCAGGUCAGCCAACUCGCUUAAGAAGAAACGCCGACCGCCCAGACUUAAUAAUGUUGAUAGGAGCUCCGCGCAGACCAGAGAGGUAACCGUAAGCGGUGUAACAGUAGUCAUAACAGAAUACAAGCCGAAGAAGUCCGUUUCCAGCAGUUCGAGUGACGUCGAAUCGUCCAAUGACGCGCGACCGUGAUCUCUUAACUUCCAUACAAAUUAUGUGCCCCUUUUUUUUUUAUAGUGGGGAAAUCUUCCAAAGAUACCCACGGCCCCCGGGGAAGGUGCCGUGGGUUAUGUCGGAUUCUUACCGACUAAAACCCCACUGUGUUCCGUCGAGCCGCUUUAAUGAGGGGGCCGCGGGUAUUUGUUAGAAUUCUUCCGCAACCCCCUCGGCAAAAUUAUGUGCCCCUGGUACUUCGCAUUUUAUAAUGACGCUUUUAUUGUUUAUAUUAUGUAUAAAAAUAAUUUAUAUUUUUAUUGAUUGCAUGACGUCGAAAAAAUUUCAAAAUAAAAUGUUUUUAUAUUGAUACUAUCGUAAUAAUUAAAUAAUAUUAUACAAUCGAUUUUUUUGUGAGAUCCUUCAAGAUUCAAAAAUUACUUAGUUUUGAAAGAUGCUUCGAAAUUAUUGUUCUAUAAUCUAUGGUACUUUAAAAGAAACAUGUCAUUUUUUAAUUAGUCAGUAUAGUCUUUUAAAAUUUAGUACAAUUUGUGAAUUUGGAGGUUAUUGACUUAAAAGGGUAAAGGAAAUGACGUCACUCCAGGAUAAAAAAAAAUGCUUAAAGUUUGCGCGCCAAUUCUUACCUAGCCAUGAUUCGCACCUUUAAAUUAAUGGAUAUUGAUUACCCUUUCACCCUUUUAAGCAAUCAAUUAUGAUAAAUUAUUCAUUACUGUUUUAUGAAUAAAAACAUUUAGAUAAGAGCGUCAUUACGUAAAAGGUAUUGUUUAA